AUGGCGGGGGAGGUUGUCGACGACGACGACGACCAAAUAGUGGCCUUCUUGCAAGCACUCCUUCAGACAGAGUUUCCACCUUCUGAUCUUCUUCAUACAAGACUUCAUCGACCUUUUGGUGGUUUUGCCUUAACUUUUGGUAGCGGUUGUGGUGGUGACCCUCUGGGAGGACUCUUCGGUGGUUUUCUCUUAACCUUUGGUGGUGGUGAUGGUGGUGACCCUCUGGGAGGACUCUUCGGUGGUUUUGACUUCACCUUUGGUUUUGGUGGUGGAGGUGUUGGUGUUGGUGGUGGUGACCCUAUGGGAGGACUCUUUGGUGGUUUCCUCUUCCUUCUGCAUAUGGGUGGUGGUGAGUCUGGUGACCCUCGGGGAGGACUCUUUGGUGGUUUUGACUUCACCUUUGGUGCUGGUGGUGCUGGUGGUGACCCUCCGGGAGGACUCUUUGGUGGUUUUCUCUUCAACUUUGGUACUGGUGGUGGUGGUGGUGCAGGUAGUGGUGGAGGUGGUGGUGGUGCUAUGGGAGGACUCUCUGGUGGUUUCCUCUUCCUUCUCCAUUUGGGUAUAGAUUUUUCUCCAUCACUGAGCUCUUCUUCUUGA